AUGAUCCGAGUGCUCCUCCAAGAUUGCCACGCGAGACUUCGCAAGUACCGUCAAAGGACAGACCAAGAAAAGACCAGAUGCUGUGAGUUCAUGGGUGAGAUCGGUACAAAUCUGCUCCUGCAGAGGAUAGCUGAACAAGCCCGCGAACAGAGAAUGAUACGAGACCCAGCACUGGAGAACAAAUUCCGAAAGCUGCCCAAUCCAACGUUGCCCAGAAACGACAAACUGGUGCACAGCCUGUCGUCAAAGGAGCUGACGAAGGAUCAGAUGCAGGUUUUAAGGCACGAAGCUUCAUUCAACACGACUGACGCCAAACCUGUUAACAUGAUUGCAGCAGUGGAAUCAAUCCUUGGUCAGACGGAGGCAACGGAGGAGACCACGAGCCUCAUCCGACACCAAGUUUCGUCUCUCCCAAUGGCCCUCAGGCCGCGGGAAGUGCUUUCAAAGGUCGAACUUGAUGCGUUUAGAGAACUCAAACUUGGUCAUCGAUCCAGCGGAUAA